CAAUUCACGUUCCGCGUGCUUUAUAUACUCAGACCAGAUGAUGGCGUGAUGCCGCACCCUGACAGCCCCCAAAUUGGGAUUCCAGUUCUCGCACCAACUCAAAUAGCGCAGCCACUCCCCCAAGGCGCCCGCCACCAGCCCACCACACAGGUCAGCCAGGCGCUCUCGUGUGUGUCGUCUCAUGCCCAAAGGCCACACUGAUCACCCACGCGAGCAGGUGGUGGCGCGACACAUGAGCAGCACGUACAUGUCUCUCCCCCUGCAGCGCGGCAGCCGCGACGUCGCCACGCCGGCGCCUCCGGCCGGUGGCGACAGCGCCGCGCAUCCGUAUCCGCGCGCGGUCGCGGGCAUGGACACGUCCCUCUCCCUGGCCGGCGCCGGGCACGGCCAGUACCUCCCCCUCAACGAGAACGACUCCCUGGACAUGGUCCUCUUCGACGUGCUCCGCGAGGCGUCCGGCGGCGGCGGCGGCUCCGCUGCGCCGUCGGUCACCACCUACCAGCCGCUCCCGGCCUCGUCGCUGCUGCCGCCUCCGCUGAUGGCGAUCGCUUCGAGCGCCGCGCGCAGGGGCAGCUGCGUCGGUGGCGUCGGUUGCGACAACAGCAGGGCCGCGCACCCGCACGCGCACGCACCGAAGGCGGCGGGCACGGGGCGGCACUACCGUGGGGUGAGGCGGCGGCCGUGGGGCAAGUACGCCGCGGAGAUCCGUGACCCGGCGCGGCACGGCGCGCGGCUCUGGCUCGGCACCUUCGGCACGGCCGAGGAGGCCGCCGCGGCGUACGACAGCGCCGCGUUCCGCAUGCGGGGCGCCAAGGCGCUGCUCAACUUCCCGCGGUCCGUCGCGGGCUGCGGCGCCACCGCCGCGGCGAAGCAGGCUGCUGGAGUGACGGAGGCCAAGUGAAACGGGCGGAUCAGAAAACGCGAUCGGAAUGGCUCGAAUCGGACGGGAUCACUGGAAGCUGCUCCCAUGAGUUCCAACUUCCAAGCAUUAGUCAGUGGUUGCUGUAGGAAUAGUGAUUGCUCUUCUCGUUAUUUUGACAUUCUGUGAAUUCAAUUUGAGCUUUGCCUUUUGCGCCCUACAACUCCAAUA